AAAUAUAUCCGUGUACUUCUCAAUAAUGUGCUUCUUGCCUCUUUAGAAAUUUCUGUCCUGGGACAAAAUAUGAAAAGAUUAAAGGGGUUUCUUUGCCAUGUAACGCAUAUAAUAUUUAGGUUUCAUGGCUUAAAAGACUGGGAUGUUUACAUAUUCAGUCAUAUGAAUUACCAUUUAAUUUGAGAGGAAAUUAUUCUAACGGAAUAAACAAUUUGAUUAAUUGUUCAUUUUCAUUUUCAGUUGGUGUUUGCGCUUCGUCAACACAGUAAACAGAGGCACGCUGACUGUCAAAGUGAGAAGGUGUCGGAGAAACAGCUGGACAAAGCUGACGUUCUGCUGCCAUACAGUCGGGUGAGUUUUGACGCUCUUUGUUCCAGGAAACAAUGAAGUGGCUCCCCCCACCCCCAAAUGAGCGCAUCCCACUGUACGCAGCGUCUACGUAAUCUGGCUGCUGGAGCUCUGAGAACAACAACACGCACUCGGGACUGAGGGAUGCUGCUGGAACCCAGUCGAUGAUGCGCCCCGCGCUCCGCAGGAGUCACCGCCAUUACAUCAUCUUCCCCCGCUCGAGAGCCGUUUAAUCACCGUCUCUAACUGGGAUCCCGGCCGUUUGGAUCGAGCAGCGGGGAUUAAUGAAACGCGCGACCAUGGCGUUUCAAUGAAAGCAGUGGAGGGGAGGGAGAGAGCAGGAGAGACGUGCACCGUCAUCAGCAUCUGUCCGCCAGCUCCCUUUGUUUUCACCGGAGAACGUGAAUGGCGAGAGAUGACAUGGCAGAGGUAGACUUGCCAUCAAACGGAGCGGAGCCCCCCGGUGAGGCCUCCCCGGCGUUCCCCUAUGAGGAGUACGAGUGUAAAAUCUGUUACAAUUACUUCGACCUUGACCGGCGGGCUCCGAAGAUCUUGGAGUGUUUGCACACGUUCUGCGAGGAGUGCCUGAACACGCUUCACCUCCGGGAGGAGCGGCCAUGGCGCAUCAGCUGCCCAGUGUGUCGCCACCGGACGCCUGUCCCGGACUACCGGAUCCAGAACCUGCCCAACAACACCAAGGUGACGGAGGAUUUCCCGCUCUACAUCGACUCGGACCCCUUGCCGCAGGACGCCCUGCCGCCGUAUCCUCCGCCUCUGCACCCGGCUCUGGUCGCCCUCCGCCGUGAGGAGGCGUCGGGCGCGUCCGGCGCCAGCCAGGCGACUGCUUCCACCACGGUGUCCACGGCCACUACCCUCUCUCAGGACUCGGUGCGCUACGACAGCUGUCAGAGCUGCAAGAGGGUGGCGCUGACCACCGGCUGCGUGUGCGUGAUUUUCUCGUUCCUGUCCAUGCUGGUGCUGCUGUUCAUGGGCCUGAUUUUUGUGCACAGCCACAGCAUCCCCCCUUCUCCGGCCGGACCCAUCUGUUUGUCGGUCGCCAGUAUACUGGCCAUGUUCUCUGUGGUCGUCACGUGGCUCAUCUGCUGGCUCAAAUACAGACCUGACCAUGAGACAGGCCGCGCGUCCGCUACCAGUAACUCCAGGAGGAACGCCUGAUUGGCUGCUGGCUCUGAUGUACCAGAGCUGUGUGUGUGUGUUUGUGAGACCAUGUACAUAGGAGGCAACACAUUUUUUUUUCUUGCUCCCUUUACUUUUUUUAGGGAAAAUGGCCUUUUAUCAGUAUAGCAAACACCCAAAGGCCUUCAUGUUGUUUGGAGCAAUAUAGGCCAACUUGAUCCUUGAUAAUCAUUUUUCCUAAGCUUAUGCACUGGACUUUGAGGUGGUAGCUGACUGGACGUGUUGCUGCUUGAACUUCUUACUUUGAUGAGAUUUUUGGGGUGUAUUUGGUUUGAUAAAAAAACCAUGAAGUACUUAGAUUUGGGUUUAGUACCCUUCCCGUCACUGUCUAGCUAUAUAAUAUGCAUUUACCCCCACUAUGCCACUCACUGUAUGAUAACUGUCCACAGUGAUUCAGUCACAUCUCAGAAACACCCACCAGUGUUAUUGUACAGAUACGCUCACUUUAGGGGUUUUGAUUGAAAGGGUUUGGUUUUGAUGGAUGCUUACUGCGUGUUUAUGUGGUGAAUCUUUAAAUCGGAUCUCAGCUAAGCUGCAUCCACAACGGAAUCAUGUAAAUAGGUCAGAGGUAUGGACAACUGCUGCAGGAUGUUUGACGUGAUCAGCCUUUUUUUAAGAGGCCUUCCUUUGUGCUUUACCUUUAUCUUGCAGGAUGGUACUGUUUUUACUGCCCACUUCUUCCAAGCAAAGGAAAACGAAGAGACAACUUGUGAUUUUGAACCCGUGUUUUGCUACUUUAGUGCAUGUGAGGUCAUUCUAUUCCUUUCUUUACUUUAUAAUGAAAGAGACAGGUUGUCUCCUGACUUUUGUGCCUCACCGUGUUUCUAAAUGAAGUUAAACUUCACUGCUAUCAGAAUCAGACAGCGUCUAAGCUCGGGUGUAAAUGGGGAUUCCCUCAUCUGCUCUCAUCUGUUACUUACACUCUGGUAGUUAAAGACAGGGUUUUCCAACGUAUAGCACCCUUUUGUAUGUUAGAAUAAUGUAAAAGCUUUUACAUGCUGCUUCCGAGGAGAGAAAUGUUGGGCAGGUGCAGUCAAGAUUCCCACUUCAGCUACUUCCAAGUUCACCUCUCUUCUUUUUCUCCAAAGCCAUAAUUAAGAAUUGUGUCACCUUUACAGGUGCAGUGAGCCGGUUUUGAAUUGGUUCACUCCCCAGUAGGUCUGGAACCCUAUUAGCUAUACUCAAACAACAGACUGUUAGAAUACAACUGAUAACUUUUGAUUCAACAGGUUUAAUUUUUGUGGUUACAAAAAACUCUUCAAUUUGUUAAAUUGCGGCUUUAAAUGUUAGAAUUCAUUUCUUUGAAUUUGUCUGAAAACAAAGAGAUUCUCCGACCUGACCCUUAUGUCUGGGCUAGCUAGAAGAUUUUUUCUAUCCCCAAAUUAUCAAACAAAAUACAAUUUUUGAAUUUAUUUUAUUGAAUUAUAUUGGCAAAACUGUAACUAAUUUUUAAGAUAAACUUGUUUAACUGGUAGGUCGUCCUUUCCCUUGACCACCCCAGCUAAGACCAGCCUUUUGUUGACAUUGCGGUUAGAAAGGUUAGAAAGCUGAGGUUAGAAAGCUCACCUUACAAGUUGGACUUUAUCAUCAGCGUAAUCAUAGUAGCUAAAAUAAAAAAAGCUCUUGACUUUAAAAAAAAUUGAUGGUUUGUGUUAUAAAUAUUUAUCCAUAACAGAGAUCGUAUUAUCAAUGCAGCCACUUUGAUCUGUAUUAAGGGAGCCUAAUCACCUACAUUGGUAAAAUUGGCUCGUAAAAUUAAUUGAACAAUUUGUAAACAAUUUGUGUAAUAGAGUAUUUCUGAAUAGAAAUCAUGUAAGUUCUACUGCCAAAAAAACAACUUCCAAACAUGUUCUAAAAUCUAUAGUUAAAUUUGAUUAAUUGUAACUAAGUGCUUAGAUUGUUUUGCUCUUCUGGUUUGUCCACCUUGCUAAUAAGAAACCACAAAUAACUAUACUUUUUUAUUAAAGCAUAAAAUGGUAAUAAACAUUUUGAAUCCGUUCUCUCAAGGUGAUAUAUAAAGCUUUUCUCUAAUUUGCGUCGUAACCUCAGGAUUAGAAACUCAGCUUUAUCAUUCAGCUAAAUGAGGAGCAGUUACCUGCAAUGAUUAUUUUUUUUAAAAACUGGUAAAAUUGAACUUGAUUUGUAUAAAUCUAAAUGAAUAUUUCUGAGCAGACGUCACGUAGAUAGAAAAUGUAGUCGAUCCACUAAAUGAGUUGCGUUCUAACCAGUUACAUCAUUUUGCCCCCCUUUUUUGUUCUCCAAUUUUAAAAAGAAGCUUACAAACAAAUCAAUUGGAUUAUGAAAUGGCAUCGGACUUAUUUUAGCAGGACAUUCAAAGACCCUUUACAUGAAAUCAGUCAUUUCCAUUCACACACAAGUUCACAUUAAUAUAAUUUUAACACAUUAAUAUAAGAUUCAGGCAUAAAAUGUUAUUGAAGUAGUGAUACAUUUUAAAUGUAAUCAAACACUUGAAAACAUUGUAAAUGCUGUGGCUUUCAUUUACAACCACACCUCAUUGUGUCACUCAUUGGCAAAGACUGCCUCAAGACUAAGUUCAUCAUGCUAGCUACUUAGCUUUAGCAUUAGCACUGUGGCUGACCUAGUUUAGCUGGAUGCAAUAUUUAAUUCUUGCUCCAACACCAGUCUUAUUGCAGUUUUUAACAUUUAAUUGACAACACAAUUUGUAACACCCUUCCAGAUAGGUAUCUUCUAGAUACUGAACCAGAUGAAGAAGAAGAGUUAGCUUAAUCAAAAUAUUUAGUAAAAUUGAGUUUAAAAUGAUUAUGUAGGCUUUGCUACCAAAAUAAAGUAGAUAAUGUUAGCAUUUUGCUAUUAUCGUCCAUUACAUUUACAAACUAAUUUCCUUGAUUGAACUAUAACUAUAUUAUAUAAAAUGUAAUAGGUAAUACCUCCCCAAAACAUUUUUAUAGUGAAUGUGGCUGAGUUUAGAUAAAUGCAGUAGGAUUAUGGAUGUUGAAAGCUGGUAGGUAACUAUAAAAACACCCUGCAGAUGGUGAAAUGAAACUAUUUCCACCUUAAAUGUUUGCAUGCUGGAAUACACUUUGAGUCUCCAUGGAAUACAACAGGAUCAGGAUCAGACAGUGUAGUGUAAUGGAAGUGGGCUAAACGGGAGGGUGUUAUUUUUGUGAUUGUACAAUUCUGAUGCUUCAUAAUCUAAAACAAAAUGUCAACAUGAACUGUAUUAAUGUAAAACUGAGAAAUUGUGAGACUAACAUGUUUUUCUCUGAGCCUUUCUGUUUGAAAGUAUUCCUGGCUGCAGUGGAGGAGAGAAACAGCAAAGCCAGUUUCCCAUGGUUAUUGAUGGUUAUUGAGCUAGAGCCCUGCCAAUCCUAUUGCUUCAAUCAGCCUGCUUUCCCCAACAAGUACGAUGCACUUUCACCCUCUUAUUUUACACAAGUAAUGGGGUAAAAACCUUUGACCAAUGUAAGCAUAAUGUAUUUAUUUCUGAGGACCUAGAAAACAUUGUUAGUUUUUAUGAGAGUCUGUGGUUGUCGUUCAAGUUCCAAUUGUAUUUGCACAGAGAAAUGUCUUUAUGUGCUGAUUUACAUGCAUAAACACAUUUCAGUAAUAAAGGAAACAUGCAUACCAGUCA